CAUCGACCUCCUGAACAGCCAUGAUCAGAGGAUAGGGUAGCAUACCCCACAACGCCUCAAGAGCCGGUAACCCGGUUUUCAGUGUCAGAGCCCGUCUGCCUUCAAUUUCGCUUUCAUCUAAUUCCGGUAGUCCUAUGCACCCGACUCUGGGCAUUCUCGGCAUUAACACUUGAUAUCUCAACAUUUCUCCUCUCUAGACCAAUGAAGGCAAAGUUAAUGCGUGACGCAAGGAAGAUUCUGAUCAGUUCCACCACUCGGCCAUUGGAACCCGGACCUGGACUGGCUAGGGGCGGGGCGGGAUCGCUCCCUAUAUCGGCCAUUACCAUGGAUCCUCGUGGGCGGUACGGGAGAUCAACGGUUUCCAUGGACUACUAUAAAAGGACGUCCUGAUCCCCCUGAAGAUCUUCAGCUGUCGAUCUACAUACUACCAGACUCCCAAACCAAACGACUCAAGAUGAAGUUCGCUGCAUCUGUUGCUCUCCUGGCCGCCGCCGGCGCCCAAGCCCACUACACUUUCCCGGGCACCUCUUACAAUGGCCAGGUCUCUGCCGACUGGGAGACGGUCCGGCUGACUACCAACCGCUAUUCUCACGGCCCAGUGACCGAUGUCAAUUCGCAAGAAAUGACCUGCUACCAGACGGGGACCUCGGGCGCCCCGAAGAUUUUGUCCGUCCAAGCUGGCAGCAACGUCACCUUCAGGGUGGAUCCCAGCAUCCAGCACCCAGGCCCCUUGCAGUUCUACAUGGCCAAGGUUCCGUCGGGUCAGACGGCAGCCACCUUUGACGGCAAGGGAGCCGUAUGGUUCAAGAUCUACCAAGACGGACCGUCUGGCUUGGGCACCAGCUCCAUCACCUGGCCCAGCUCCGGCAAGGCCACAGUGAGCGUGCAGAUCCCUAGGUGCAUCGCCAACGGCGACUACCUGCUGCGGGUUGAGCACAUUGCCCUGCACAGCGCCUCGUCGGUCGGCGGCGCCCAGCUCUACCUGGCGUGCGCCCAGCUCACCGUCUCGGGCGGCAUCGGCACCCUCAACACGGGCUCGCUCGUCUCCUUCCCCGGCGCCUACAAGGCCACCGACCCGGGCAUCCUCUUCCAGCUGUACUGGCCCGUUCCUACCAGCUACGUCAACCCUGGUCCUGCGCCGGUUAAGUGCUAGACAGCUGGGCAGCCUGGGACUGGAACCAUUCGACAUGCCAAACUGACAGGUUUAAUCUUGUUGUGAAUCUGUGAUAGCUGCUGGCUCACUGCCUGGCAUCAUGAGCGCUGACAUGGAAGUCGGAGGCAGAGAAUGGAUGGAGUUUGGCGAAAGCUGAAGGGCUAUUUUCAAAGGAGUAUCAGCUACCUUCGACUUGAGCCAAGAGAUGUACAUACUUCAGUUCAAACUUCGCUGUACAUAGUUGCAAGUCGUACAUAGAGU